CUCCGACCGAGAACUCUGCUAAGCAGCGCCGCAGCAAACGGCAGGAGUAGACGCCGGACACCCAGCGCACCUCCUCGCGGGGGCGGUGCCGAGGGGGCGCCGAGAGCCCCGCGGCCGCGGCCGGCCGGCCCGCCAGCAUGGCAGAAGCUGAGGAAGAUUGUCAUUCUGAUGCUGCCAGGGCAGGAGAUGAUGAUGAAAAGGACAGCUCUGCUGAGACAGAUCUGCAGGCACAACUCCAGAUGUUCCGAGCUCAGUGGAUGUUUGAACUCGCCCCAGGUGGAGGCUCGAGCAGUUUAGAAACUCGACCUUACACAGCAUCAAGAGGUUCUCUACUGAAAGCAGCAGAUACCAAAGGAAAGCAGGAACUGGCAAAAGAAGAAAAGGCUCGUGAACUCUUCCUAAAAGCAGUAGAAGAAGAGCAAAAUGGAGCUCUCUAUGAAGCCAUCAAGUUUUAUCGUAGGGCUAUGCAACUUGUACCUGAUAUAGAGUUCAAGAUUACUUAUACCCGGUCUCCAGAUGGUGAUGGCGUUGGAAACAGCUACAUCGAAGAUGAAGAUGAGGAUGAGGACAGCAAGACGGCGGAUCUCCUGGCCUACUUCCAGCAGCAGCUCACCUUUCAGGAGUCUGUGCUCAAACUGUGUCAGCCUGAGCUCGAGAGCAGUCAGACUCACAUCUCAGUGCUGCCGAUGGAGGUGCUAAUGUACAUCUUCCGAUGGGUUGUGUCGAGCGACUUGGACCUCAGAUCAUUAGAGCAGUUGUCACAGGUGUGCAGAGGAUUCUAUAUCUGUGCCAGAGAUCCUGAGAUAUGGCGUUUGGCCUGCUUAAAAGUUUGGGGCAGAAGCUGCAUGAAACUUGUUCCCUACACAUCCUGGAGAGAGAUGUUUUUAGAAAGGCCCCGUGUUCGGUUUGAUGGCGUGUAUAUCAGUAAAACUACAUAUAUUCGUCAAGGGGAACAGUCUCUUGAUGGUUUCUAUAGAGCCUGGCACCAAGUGGAAUAUUACAGGUACAUCCGGUUCUUUCCGGACGGCCACGUGAUGAUGCUGACCACCCCCGAGGAGCCUCCGUCCAUCGUUCCACGUUUAAGAACCAGGAAUACCAGAACCGAUGCAAUUCUACUGGGUCAUUAUCGCUUGUCACAAGAUACAGACAAUCAGACCAAAGUAUUUGCUGUGAUAACUAAGAAAAAAGAAGAAAAGCCACUUGACUAUAAAUACAGAUAUUUUCGCCGUGUCCCUGUACAAGAAGCGGAUCAGAGUUUCCAUGUGGGGCUGCAGCUGUGUUCCAGUGGCCACCAGAGGUUCAACAAACUCAUCUGGAUACAUCACUCUUGUCACAUUACUUACAAAUCCACUGGAGAGACGGCAGUCACGGCUUUCGAGAUGGACAAGAUGUACACACCCCUGCUGUUUGCCAGGGUGAGGAGCUACACUGCCUUCUCAGAGAGGCCGCUGUAGCACCUCACGUCUGCCCCCACCACGAUGCAUGAGUAAGAGUAGAGAGAGAAUCAGAGCACCUAAGUUAUAAGUGUACAUAUAUAUAUAUAAAUAUAUAUAUAUGGAAUUGGAACUUAUUUUACAUUGUUGGAGUUCUUUCAAGAAGAGUAUAAAUUGAUUAUUUUUUUUAUUUAAAGGGAUAGUUGAUUCUUGGGGUGUUUGUUUUGAAAUUAACCUGUUGAAAUCACAUGUUGAAGUACCUUUGUGUUGUUAAAAAACCGUAUGAGAUUUAAGUCAUGGCCUUUUUCAAGCAAAUUUCUGAGCCGACUUCUGUCACAUAAGUCAUCUUCUGCCUGAUCAGCCCCGUGUUUAAAUGCAUCAGGGAAACAUCUCACAGGAUCAGCAUGGCAUAGCGUCUUUUCACUAAAGGCUCAAAAUGUGAACACCUGUUUUGGAUUUGUUUGAAACUGUUUGACCAAUAAAGAGCAUAAAUAAAUGUUUCUUUCAAGAAAAUA